GAUACCAGCUGGAUUAGCAUUUCUUUUCUUUUCCUUUUUGCCUCGUCAGCCUAUAUAAUGUCCAGCUCGUCCUCUCCCUCUCCUCCAAACAAUCGCUCUGCGGCGCCCGUGCCUCUCGAAGAAGACAAGUCCAACACUGUUGCUGCGUGACCGCUGAAUUUGCUCCACAGCUUCAUCAGGGAAGACAGGGGUCAGGGAAGACAACUAGACAAGAACACCAGAGGGAGAGAAAGCGAGAGAUCAUCAAUGGAGAACACGAGAGAGCAGCGGGGCCAGGACGCGGCAGGCGCCAACGGCUGGAUGACGGUGCCGGCGUUCGGGGACUGGGACAUGAAGAACGGCGCGCUGCCGGACUACUCCAUGGACUUCUCCAAGAUCCGUGAGAUGCGCAAGCAGAACAAGAAGGAGCUCUCCCGCGCCAGCCUCGGCGGCGACGAGGACCUCUCCCAGGCCCAGCAGCAGCGCAACCAGGCGCAGGCCAAGGCAGAGCCCAAGCUCGGCCGACCCGCCGACGACCACCGCCGGCAUCUCCACGACUCAUCAACGGGAGGGAAGAAGUUUCUGAGCUACUUCCAGUGCUGUAUCAAGGCCUGAAGAGGAGGAAGUGCUGCCACUGCAUGUGUGAACAAUUAGGUCUCGGUUUUGUUAAAAAUCUAAAAAUGUGUAAUAUAUUUGUCCUGAUGGCUACUCUUUCGGUAUGUAUGAAGAACAAACCAGUUUUAUGGGGGUAACGGUA